AUGCCAUUGGAUAUUAGAUCACUGGCGGAGCUGAACACUGAUGGAGUCUUCUCUACAUCGACAUUGGAGGCGGGAGAGGGAGGAUUGGUUAGUGGUUCUAAUGGAGGUCUUCUGUGGGCCUUCUGUUCUCCGGUUACUGCAUCUUCGAGCUUUGAGGCGGAGCUUAUGGCUCUUAUUCGGGAUUUGGAGAUGGCUAUGGAGUUCUCUACACACAUUUGGAUAGAGCUGGACUCAGCGGCUCUGGUUACCUUGCAGUCAUCUGGACAGCUUGGCUCUGCGGAUCUUAGACAUCAUAUGGCUUUGAUCCCGAGUAUGACUUAUCAGCUGCAGGUUCGAUCAUCACACAUCUACAGAGAAGGACACCGUGCUACCGACUUUCUUGCAGUUUCUAGUUUAACUUUGAUAGCAUGGAGGAUCCCGACUUGUGGGACCUCUGGUUUACUUUCUCAUGUUCUUGUUUUGGAUCCUGUCACUUUUGGGCUAGGAUAA